AUGGACUUAAUACCAUAUAAACCUGACCCACCCUCCCUGCCCUCACCCCUGAGCCUGCACUCUCCCCCUGAUAUGCCUACCCCCACAUCCCAGGCAAACUGUGCACACCCACUCCAACACAACCUCCUCAUCUUUCAGGAUUUUAAAGUAACAAUGUCCAAUGCUAAUGAUGACAAAACACCAAGCAGUGGCCUUACUAACUCCAUCCAUGCACCAGGCAACUUCACAGGAGAUCAACCCAUGAGUGUCCCACCAAGUCCUACCACCAGACAUAUACCAACUGCUGAAAAGCAAGUGUCAUAUCCACAUAUCUGGAUCUCAGAUCCAAUCCUUAUCUCAUCUCAGAUCCAAUCCACAUCUUAUCCCCCUCCAACAUCUUGUCAUUGUCAUAUCCCACAAUCCAGACCCAUGUUCCAUCAUAUUCCCACGCCUUCCAAGCCUAUGUCUGGACCCCACUUCAUAUCCAACUCAUUCCCAGAUCCCCUUCCACUGUGUGCUCCACACCUCAGCAGGAUCAACUCUGCUCUAGAUUUACCCCUGAGCUCCGGAUCAUUGGAUCACCACUGCUAG